AUGCAGAAAGCACUUGCGGGCCUAAGGCGUAUUAAUCUGAAAGGUCUGCAAUGGAGAGUGUUCGAUGACAAAGGCCAGGUCCUUGGGAGGUUAGCAUCGCAAAUAUCUACUGUGAUUCAAGGCAAAGAUAAGCCAACUUAUGCGCCCAAUCGUGAUGACGGGGAUAUGUGCAUUGUUCUUAACGCGAAGGAUGUUUGUGUAACUGAGAGAAAACUUACUGAUAAGUUCUACCAAUGGCAUACUGGGCAAGAAAGGAGUUUAAAGGAUCAAAUGACCAAGGAUCCUACUGAAGCUAUUCGCAAAGCUGUCUUAUGCAUGCUUCCAAGAAGCUAUGUGUGGAAUAGUGCCACCAAAAGAGCAUUAGAUAGAGACCAAAAAUUGAGAAUAUUUGCUGGCAACGAGCACCCGUUUGGUGAUAGGCCCCUCGAACUAGCAAUGAUGCCUCCGCGACAAGUACGAGAAAUGCGGCCUCGCAUAAUGCGAGGCAUGAUUCGUGCUCAGAAGAAGGCUGAGCAACAACAAGAAGGCGCUACGGAUGCAAGAAAGUGCAGAACGAAUGAAGAGGGGAGAGCAGAAUUAAGUGCAUAA